AUUUCACCCCAGAGUCCAUGAGGGUGGAGGCAAGCCGGCUGGAAGUCUGGGAGUUUAUUUUGCUACUUGCCUGGGCGGAGCCACGCCUCUUGCCGCUCAAUUGGCGUAUUAUUUCCCAAGGCGGGCCGGUGUCGCGCUUCGCCCCGCCCCGCCGUAUAAAAGUGGCGCCAGCAUAGGCUCUGAAAAAUCUCUGGCCCCUUUCUGCAUGCUCCUGCGCGCGCUGGAUGGGUUUGCUUUCUGAGGCUGUGGCGUCGCCCCUCGCUCCGCCGUGUCAGGGAUUCUAGGCCAGGGUCCGCGUGUCUAGGGUUUGCAUCCCCGGCGCGAUGCUUUUCGACAAGGUGAAGGUGUUCGUUGUGCUUCUGGACGACACGAGCGCGGGCGCUAAUCCCGUGUUCAGCGGCGGCCAGGUCGUAGCCGGCCGGGUGCUACUGGAGCUGGCGGGCCAGGCGCGCGUGGGAGCCCUGAGGCUACGCGCGCGGGGCCGCGCCCACGUGCAUUGGACCGAGUCACGCAGUUCGGGCUCGAGCACCGCGUACACACAGAGUUACAGUGAGCGCGUGGAUGUCCUGAGCCACCAUGCCACGCUUCUCGCGCCAGAUACGGGAGAGACCACCACAUUGUCUGCUGGGCGCCACGAGUUCCCAUUCAGCUUUCAGCUGCCUCCGACACUGGUGACGUCAUUCGAGGGCAAACAUGGCAGUGUCCGAUACUGCAUCAAGGCCACCCUGCACCGGCCCUGGGUUCCUGCCCGCAGGGCAAGGAAGGUGUUUACUGUUAUCGAGCCCGUGGACAUCAACACGCCUGCCCUGCUGGCCCCUCAGGCAGGAGCUCGGGAGAAAGUUGCCCGAUCCUGGUACAGUAACCGUGGCCUGGUCUCCCUCUCAGCCAAGAUUGACCGCAAGGGCUACACACCAGGCGAGGUGAUCCCCGUGUUCGCUGAGAUUGACAACAGCUCCACGCGCCCAGUGCUGCCUCGAGCAGUCGUGGUCCAGACUCAGACCUUCAUGGCCCGAGGCGCCCGCAAGCAGAAGCACGCAGUGGUGGCCAGUCUCUUGGGCGAGCCUGUGGGCCCCGGGCGGCGAGCACUGUGGCAGGGCCGGGCGCUCCGGAUCCCCCCUGUGGGCCCUUCCAUCCUGCACUGCCGCGUGCUGCAUGUGGACUACACCCUCAAGGUCUGUGUGGACAUCCCGGGCACAUCCAAGCUGCUCCUGGAGCUGCCGCUGGUCAUCGGCACUGUCCCCCUGCAUCCUUUUGGCAGCCGCUCGUCCAGCGUGGGCAGCCACACCGGCUUCCUGCUAGACUGGGGGCUGGGGGCCCUGCCAGAGCAGCCUGAGGCCCCUCCGGAGUAUUCAGAGGUGGUGGCAGACGGUGUGGCGGCUGUGGGGCAGAGCCCCUUCCCACCACCUCAGGAGUCCAACAUGAGCCUUGAGGGUCCCUUCUUCACCUAUAUCCAAGAGUUCCGCUACCGCCCGCCGCCCCUGUACUCUGAGGAGGAUCCAAACCCCCCCUCGGAAGCCAUGAGGCCACGCUGCAUGACCUGCUGAGUGGAAGUGGGUAUCUCGAGGGACAAGGUUGCAUGGCACCUGUGCUUCCAGCCACCGUGAACGUGGGAGUGGCUGGAUCCAGAACAGGCCAGCCCGACAGCACUGGAGCUGGGAAACCAAGUCUUGAAACAGGAUAGGGCUGUUCACACAGGACAGAGGAAGGGCCAGUCUGGCAUCUGACUUAUCUGGUCUUUCUAAGGCAUCAAAUGCCUGGUGCAGGUCCAAGUGACUGUUCAAACUGUCUGUGCCGGCCUGUGGGCAGGGGCUGGGGUUCCCCCAGGAGUCUCCAGCCUGGGAGAGACACAGCCAGACAUAAAUACGUCCAGUCUCAUGGGACCAGAGGUAGACCCAGAAGAGUCCAGAGAGGAAGCAGAGCAGGCUUCCUGGAGGAAAUGGUGUCUUAGCUAAGGCUUUGGCACAUGAAUAAGAGCUCAGCAGACAGGCAAGCAAGAGGGAGGAGAAGUCGGAGAAGGUCAGAGCUGAAUGAUGUUUGGAGACUGCCCCUUCAUCUUAGAAUGGGGCUCAAAGGGCAAGGUCACACGGGAGGGUCUGGCAGGAGAGAGGGCCCAGGAAGGAGGCAUCAGGGGAGCAAGUCAGGGGAGCUAGGCGGGGCCUGUGGGUUGCAGGGGCAGCGGCUGCAGCCUUUGAAGCCUGGGAAAGCUGGAGAUCCCUGCCCCAGGCAGGGACUGCCUGGGGGCCUCUCCCAGUGCUGUGGACUCUGAGCUGUACGGCCUGCAAACCCAGGUUCAGAGCUGGACAGACAAGACCUGCUACCUCACUUGCAAAUGAAAAUGUGGAGUCUUUGUUCAGGAGUAUUAAGAAUUUCAAGAUAAUGACAGCAGAGCAUUCAACCAGGCCUUGGGGACAGAGGUCACCCCGGGGUGACACAGCAGGGCCAGUGUGCCUCUGGAGACCCCUGUGUCUGGCCUGGGUCUCAGCAUUUCUGAUAAGCCUUAAAUUGUUCUGUUUUGUACAAUUUUUAAAAAAUAAAAUUGUGGAGGAAGAGA